UAUUGGACCAGUGUGAUAGAAAGGCUUCAUGCGAUAGGUUAGAAAAUGUAAAGAAACGCCUAUAUUCAAAAUUCUUGAGUCUGAUUAGUCUAGCGUCGUGGCAUUCUAUUUCACUAUGCUAAUUGUGGGAAAAUAUAUAUCGGAGUAGAAAAAGUUAAUUUCCUAUUUUUAUGAAAUUACGUUCCCCUUUUUUGUUAUAUCUGGUCUAAUAUGAGUCAUUUUUGCUGCAUAUGUAUCUAUGGCUAACUUUCAGAAACUUCUGAGGUUUCCAUGGCUUGCUUGAAGAUUUAAGAAGACAGAAAAAAACACCCUUGCAUAUACAACGUGUAGUUCAAAACUCCUGUCACGCAAGGACAAUUCAGAUAUUUCAAGGACAUUUUGACUCCAUACUAAAUUGUGAUCCAAGUAUGCAACGUCACACAUCCCACGUCACAGUUUGGAGCUUUUGCAGGAAAAGUGUUUUGCACCCUCAUGAAUCUCCUCCAUGUGGUUGUCCUGCGCACUGAAGCUGAUCAACAGCCAGCCCCUCCAUCUGCACUGGGUUCCUCCUCUCUGCCACUUCAGGAGGAGCAAGAGGACAGCAGUUCACUUCACUUUAGUGUAGUGGAGACCGUUCAAACUACCAAAGUAUAUAUUUCCUAAUAUUUAAAAAAAAAACUUGUGGAAGUACUAACUGAGGGAUUGUCACGUUGUUGUGUCGAGUGGAAUGAGUCCUCAUUCUCUUGGAACUGUUUGCACUAUAACCGGUUUGGAGGAGGUGCUGAGGCGCGGCAGCGGAUGGAAACAGAGAGGAGCAGCAGCAGCAGCGCCAAACUCACAAUGCACUCGGAGUGAACACAGGCAGGGACACAAUACAGACCCGCGGAGCCACUGAGGAGCUGCGAUCUCUCCUCCUGACUGUCUUCUGUCCCCAAACCUCUUGUCCACUGGCAUUGUCUCCUCCGCUGCUGACUGACUGACUGACCGAGUCAUUGAUUGAGACAAAAUUGACUUCGCUUCGAGGGAGAGCAGAGUGGUCUGAUCUCCAAACUCAGCCAUGACGUCUCCGGCAAAAUUCCGAAAGGAAAAGGAGAUUGUGGCCGAAUAUGAUACUCAAGUAAAAGAGAUCCGUGCCCAGCUGGUGGAACAGCUCAAGUGUCUGGACCAGCAGUGCGAGCUGAGGGUGCAGUUGCUCCAGGAUCUGCAGGACUUUUUCAGGAAGAAGGCGGAGAUUGAGAUGGAUUAUAGCCGCAACCUGGAGAAGCUGGCUGAGAGGUUCCUCACCAAGACACGCAGCACCAAGGACCAUUUACUCAAGAAGGAGCAGAGCAUUUUGUCUCCGUUGAACUGCUGGAACCUGCUGCUGCUGCAGGUGAAGAGGGAGAGCCGCGACCGCGCCACCCUGUCCGACCUCUACCUCAACAACAUCAUUCCCCGCUUCGCACAGAUCAGCGAGGACUCAGGACGCCUCUUCAAAAAGAGCAAAGAGGUCGGCGUUCAGCUGCAGGAGGAUCUGCUGAAGGUUCUCAAUGAACUUUAUACGGUGAUGAAGACGUACCACAUGUACAACACAGACAGCAUCAAUGCGGAGUCCAAGCUGAAGGAUGCAGAAAAGCAGGAGGAGAAGCAGAUGGGGCGCUCAGGGCGACAGGAGGACCGUCAGACGCCACGGUCUCCGGACACGCUGACCAGCAUCAAGUCUGAGGAGAAGCCGGUCAGACGAUCCAGCGUGAAAAAGAUCGAGAAGAUGAAGGAGAAGAGACAAGCCAAGUACACGGAGAACAGGCUGAAGGCCAUAAAGGCCAGGAAUGAGUACCUGCUGGCUUUAGAGGCCACCAACGGCUGUGUCUUCAAAUAUUACAUCCACGACCUCUCUGACAUCAUCGAUUGCUGCGACCUGGGCUACCACGCCAGCCUGCAUCGUGCCCUCAGAACCUACUUAUCCGCAGAACAGAAUGUGGAAACGUCCAAACACACUGGCCUGGAGACAUUAGAGGGAGCUGCAGAGAGUCUGGAGCCCAACGGGGACAAACAGAAACUGAUGGAGACGUACAACAACGUUUUCUGUCCUCCAGCUCGCUUUGACUUCCAGUCCCACAUGGGAGACAUGAUGGGAAUGAUGUGUGCACAGCAGCCACUGGAAGGCGACCUGCUCCAGAGAUGUCAGCAGCUGCAGUGUAGACUCUCCACCCUGAGGAUAGAGAACGAGGAGGUGAAGAAAACGAUGGAGGCCACACUGUCCACCAUCCAGGACAUGGUGAGGGUGGAGGACUUUGAUGUCUCCGAUUGUUUCCACCACAGCAACAGCAUGGAAUCUGUCAAGUCCACCUUCAGUGAAUCCUAUCUCAGUAAACCCAGCCUGGCCAAGAGACGGGCCAAUCAGCAGGAGACGGAGCAGUUUUACUUCACGAAACUGAAAGAGUUUCUGGAAGGAAGGAACCUGAUCACAAAGCUUGAGGCCAAGCACGACCUCAUCCAGAAGACCCUGGGGGAGAGCCAAAAGACCGACAGCUGCCUUGACGGUGGACAGAGGGACUCACCCAUAAGGAAGCAGGACUCGGGUGAGGCCAUUCCUCUGAUGGUUGAGAGUUGCAUCCGCUUCAUCAGUCGCCAUGGUCUGCAGCACGAGGGCAUCUUCAGAGUCUCAGGCUCUCAGGUGGAAGUCAAUGACAUCAAGAACGCCUUUGAGAGAGGUGAGGACCCACUGGCCGGGGACCAGAACGACCACGACAUGGACUCCAUCGCUGGCGUGUUGAAGCUCUACUUCAGAGGACUAGACCACGCCCUCUUCCCCAAAGAAGUCUUUCAUGACCUCAUAUCCUGUGUCUCGAUGGAGAGCCUCCAGGAGAGAGCGGUCCACGUCAAGAAAGUUCUGCAAUCUCUGCCAAGCAAAACUCUGGUUGUUAUGAGAUACCUGUUUGCCUUUCUCAACCACCUCUCUCAGUACAGUGAGGACAACAUGAUGGACCCUUACAACCUGGCCAUCUGCUUUGGCCCCACGCUGAUGUCUGUCCCAGAGGGCCACGACCAGGUCUCCUGCCAGGCUCACGUCAAUGAGCUGAUUAAGACCAUCAUCAUCCACCAUGACACCAUCUUCCCUGGACCCCAGGACCUGCAGGGGCCCAUCUACACCAUCCCUGGAACUGGAGAUGAUUUCUGUGACAGUCCCCACUGUGAGCCCCCCCUGGUGGAAGAGCCUGCACCUGACACGGUCGCUGUCAGCCACAACAGUGAAGACGGCUCCUUGAAUGUUUCAGAGUCCGACCCGAUCGAAGCCAUCGCUCGAUUCGACUACUCUGGACGCACCAGUCGGGAGCUGUCGUUCAAAAAGGGCGCCUCUCUGCUUCUGUACCAGCGAGCCUCUGACGACUGGUGGGAGGGGCGGCACAACGGAGUGGAUGGACUGGUGCCGCACCAGUACAUUGUGGUGCAAGACAUGUCUGACGGUGGACGAGGAAGUCCAAAACCUGACAUUGACCAUCUGCUGGAGGAGAGAGUUUCCACUAGAGUCAGUGCUGCGUCUCCUACCGGCGCUCAUGUAGCCGACAUCUACCUGGCCAACCUGAACAAGAUGAGGAAGCGUCCAGAGUCUGCCAACAUCCGAAGAACAUUCCGGAGCUCGGAGUCUGACAACACCAGUCCAGGUGUCAGUGGAGGAGGCAGAGCAGCGUCACUUCCUGUAGGCGGGGCUCUGGUCAAAGAGAGCGGUGACAAACGCCCCGUCAGCGCUCACAGUAUCCUGAACUCAGUCACUCGACACUCGUCUCUGAAAACCAAGGUGGAGAGUCCACAGCUGAAGAAGACGUCGACUGCAGGACGCUCCAAGAGCUUCAGUAACCACAGACCACUAGACCCUGAGUUUAUAGCCCAGGUGGAGCACAGCUCACAGGACAUGGAGAUGGUGACUGAUCUCAGUAAAGCUGAGAGACAGAGCACUUCCAAGCACACACACACCCCUGAUGUGGUCCUGGACACACUGGAGCAGCUGAAAGGUGUCAGCGGGGGAGGGGGGGGAGGAGGAGCGUCGGAGCCGUCAAGCCCACUCCACUCUCGUCUCUUGCGGGACGGUGAGGGAGGCUGCUCCCACGCUCACCCGCUUCAGCGCAGCGCCUCCUCCGCGAGCGACGUCCCUUCCUCCUUCCGCCCGGCCAAGAGCCAGCCGCGAAGCCCCCUGCCUUCUGCCACCUCCCCCACCCUGUCCUCCUCUUCCCUCUCCUCCUCUGUACCUUCCUUCAGAGAGCUGCGUCCACCAGCGACCAGACCCAAGCCAGUGGUUUUCCCAAAGAACGGAGGAGGAGGCAGUCCGGCUACGGGCUCACCGACCUCCACCGUUCCCCCCACGCCGCCACCUACAGGCCAUCCACACUCUCUUCCCCACACUCCUCCUCCUCCACCGCCCCCUCAGCCUAACGACAAAUCCUGCCCUGCUUAAUACAGUGUCAUCCACACAAACGUUUCUACCAGGUGUGAGAAGCAUCACCCACGUGUAGCAAACACUUUGGGCUGAAAUUUGACAGAAUCCUUGUUCCCUUUGGAGGGUUUUUUCCCCCAACUUGUUCUGGCAGCUCUUCACUGUCACAGAGGUGUAGAUAGUUAAAAAAAUGGACAAGUUCUUUUUGUUGUUUUUCCAUCGUAGAUAAUGCAGUAUCUUCUUAAAGGGAACAGGACUCAGGAUGGAGACCAACAGCAACCUGGAGGCUUCUGUACACUAGUUAGGAAAUCUUGUAUGAGAGAGUGUUUACUUCUCUUUACAAGUAGAGCCGGGUGAGGAACAAAAAGCACUGUUUGAAUAUUUUGUAUAGUUGAUAUGACAGUUUCACUGACCCAACGACUAGCCCACUGGAAUGAAGUGUUGGUUCCUAUGAAUAGUCUGUGAAAUGCUUAGUUCCUGGCUCCGUGUUAAGAUGAAACUCGCGGCCUUGCUCAGCUGCUUCAGGGGUGAAGUACCAGCAGGUGGAGUUAUUGGAUGAUUAUAGAACACCGGGCCAAAUAUUAGUCUUUCUCUUGACUUCCUCCAGUGUCUGAAAGGCUGGUGAUUCGUUUUUUUUUUUCCUUUUUUAUAUUGCUGUUCUGUACUAGUAGCAACAGGAGCGUAGCCGGGGGCAGCUCUUCAUCCUCCUGACAUGGCCAAAAGUAAUUCUAAAUUCAUACGUAUAGCAAUAAAACUGAAACAAAAAAAAUAACUUGUAGCAUGAGGCACACUCUGUUGCUGCUCUCCUGUAGAACCACUGACUUCCAUCAGUUCCGUUUAAUAUGCGAAGUUUGACUGUACACACAGAAUCCUUUUUUUUUUCUUUUUUAAGUGUGUGGUGGUGUUUUGUGGCAGCUAAACACCUUUUCAGGGUUUUUUGUUUUGUUUUGAGUGCAUGCUGGGGCCACAGAUACAGGCACCUGAGUCCUGUUGGCCACUCGCAUUAGUUGACCUUUCUCAAGACUUCAGACAGAGACACUGCUUGCUCCUUUUUAAAUAUAUCCAGAAGACCUAACAGUAAGAAGGGUUUGAUAUUAUUAUCUAAUGGUUUGUAAGUGUAGUAAAUCAUAACUGGAAGCAUGGAGCUGAGGAUCCUGCCGCAUGCGUUUCAGUAGCACAACCGACCACCUCAUCCAGCGUGUAAGGUUUGCUUUUAUUACGCCCCUAGUGGUUUAUUAAAGCUCCGACUCUGCUCUGACUGGUGAACUGUCGGAGUAUGUGUGUGUGCGUGUGUGUGUGAGCAUGUGUGGAUGUAGAGUACGUACAGUAUGCGCCUCAAGCCCAGCCUUCGUCACUCAACAUAAAGGGAUGCCAUCGUCGCCAACGGCAGCAGCUGUGACUGCGAACACGCAGAAAGACUCUUACGCUGUGCAGCACCAGCAGCCUGAAUCAACGUGCACUGUGUUUGUGUGAUCCGAUGAACUCAAUUGUGCAGGGAUACAUGACGUGUCUUGUCUUCAGUCAGCGCUGUGACACCAGUGGCAGACCAGCUUUAGGUAGAAACCUAGAUGAGGAAAAUUGAACUUUGAGGAACUUUUCGCCAACUUUGUUCCUGAUGGUAUUUGAUAAUAUUCUGUUUGUGCAUUAGCAACAUUGAAUCUGGCGAUGGAUUCAGAUCGACUCAAUGACUAAAUGCAGAAUCAAGGUGUAUAAUGUACUUCACUUUCUUGCGAAAGUACUGAACUAAUAUUAACUUGGUAUAGUGUGGUGGUAUUAUAUAUAUUUAUAUAUAUAAACCUAUAUAUGUAUAUAUGUGUAUAUAUACAUAUAUGUAUGUAUACAUGUGUAUAUAUGCAUAUAUGUAUGUAUAUUCAUAUGCAUACAUAUAUGCAUAUAUAUACAAUAUAUGCUCCAUUCUUCAAAACGUUUCCUCAAAUCACAGCACAUACUGCAUUCCGAUUUGCUCUUUACCAAUAAUUUUGUUCAUUUUUUUUGUCCCUUUGUAUUUUCUGUAUAUUGUUUGUGUAUUGUAAUACCUGAUAUAUUUGUGUUGCUCUUACCUCAUCACAACAACUGGAGGGACUGUGACUGUGUGUGAGAGUUUGUGGUCAGCGCACGCACGCACGCACACACACACUCACACACACAUUUAAGUAGGUUGCUGUGUUUCGUCCCGGCGGUGUUGCGGGGAGGAGCCGGGACACCCUGUGAUCUCAAAUCAAUCAUCAUGCACUUGAACAACGUUGCUUGUGUGUGGACUAACUGUGUGUGGAGAUGAUUUGUCAGAGUUGAAUAUUGUUAUAUAUGCAUUUUGUGUCCAUUUGAAAACAGCAGAACUAAAAAGAAAAACGACCGUAAUGUCAAAUUAUUUAUAGUUGUCUCUGUAUUUCUGGAGAAUCCUGUGUUCAGAUGUACUUUGUAUAUACAAUGUUGUACAUUACAGAGGUACACUCUUUUUCUUUGGUACAAUAUUGUACAGUAAUAGCAAUAGUAGUUUAAUCAAAUAGGGCCUUAUAUGAUUCUAUGUGUAGUUCUUGUAGUGGAUUUUUUUUUUAAUAAACAUUGCUUGCUAUAAAGAUUCUCAACAUGUGGGUCUAAUAAAAAUACAAGAAAACUAAA